AUGGCUCACUCGUCAGACCCGUCCCGCAGGGAGAAGCACCCCGGGACCCAGGGGUCACACACGGCUACUCGCAACCUCCUACGGAAGAAGGAGCAGCGCCGGCGUGGAAUCCGAUCCUCCUCACCCAUGGGUCGGGUCAUCCUCAUCAACUCUCCCGUGGACGGUGGAGACGACAGCGAGGACCUUCAUACGAUCACCGUGGACAAGAGUGUCGACGGCAAACUCGGCUUCAGUGUCCGCGGAGGCUCAGAACAUGGACUCAGCAUCUUUGUCAGCAAGGUGGAGGACAACAGCACGGCAGAGGAUGCAGGCCUGCUUGUAGGAGACAAGCUGGUGGAGGUGAACGGCAUCAGCCUGGAGAGCAUCACCAUGAGCAGCGCCGUGAAGGUCCUGACGGGCAACAACCGGCUCCGGAUGGUGGUGAGGCGAGUCGGCAAAGUCCCCGGCAUCCGCUACUCCAAGGAGAAGACCACCUGGGUGGACCUGAUACACAGGCGGAUGGUGGUGGAGGAGAGCGGUCGGACGCCUUCGGAGGCCAGCUCAGGCAGCGCCCUCCGAAGGAUCGUCCACCUUUACACCACCUCGGACGACUACUGCCUGGGCUUCAACAUCCGCGGGGGGAAGGAGUUCGGUCUGGGCAUCUACGUCUCCAAACUGGAUCCAGGCGGUCUGGCUGAGCAAAACGGAAUAAAGAUGGGGGACCAGAUCCUGGCUGCCAACGGAGUGAGCUUCGAGGACAUCAGCCACAGCAGUGCAGUGGAGGUGCUGAAGAGCCACACUCACAUCAUGCUGACCAUCAAGGAAGCAGGACGAUACCCUGCCUAUAAGGAGAUGGUGGCAGAAUAUAGGUGGCUCAAUAAAUUGGCAAACGGUGUUCAGAAAUCUUCCUCCCAGGGUUCAGACUCCAACUCAUCAGCCUCCUCGCUGUCCUCGGGGACGCCGGUCAGCUCUCUGAGCGGCUUAUCGCAGGUCAUGUUCCCUCCCAGCCUCCCGUUUGGUUCAGACAUGGUGGACGUCUGCAUCUCCACCGAGGACCAGAGGUCCGAGUCGGAGCGAACUGAAACCGCCAUCCAGACGGACCUUCCCUCUCAGAGGACGGCCGCAGACACGACUCGCAGCCUCGGACCGACAACUCUGCUCAAAGACACGGUGAUUCGCGGAGAGGACGGCGACGGGAGGAAAGAGUCGACCAAGACGGCGGUGCUUCUGGCUCUCAGCAGGCCGAGCCGACCCAUCAGCAGGUCGCAGAGCCAAGUCACAGUGGCAGAGAUCAAGCAGAAGAAGGAGAAGAAGCAGAAAGGGAAGGACCCGGAGGAGAAGAGCACCCUGCAGCGCUCCAAGACCUUCGUUAACCUGCUGUUCAAAGGAGGACGCAAGAGAGACACCUCCAGAGGACGCUCCAAGUCUCCGUCUGUGGAAAAGGCUGGCAAAGAGGGACGACGUGCCGGUGCGAUGCCAAAUUCAGAGAUGCUGGGAGUGGUGGAGGACAUGGCCCGCAGGCUGCUGACGGAGGAGGAGGUGGCCGAAGUGAUGAAGACGUGCCGACGGUACGUAGCAGAACGCUCAGUGGAGAACCUGAUACGCCACCUGCUGGUUGUUCUGGACCGACCGGAAAAGUUGCUGCUGCUGAGAGAAGUCAGAAUGCUGCUUCCUCCUUCUGAUCUGAGUCUUUUCAAUAACAUGGUGACUGCGAUCGAAGUGGAAGCCUACGACAUCCUCAAGUACCGAUCAAUUCGAACUCCUCCUCUUCGUUCUCCCACUUCUGGUCGAGCACCCAAACGGCGCCUCAUCACCCCCAUCCCAGAUUACAGAGGAGGCUUUGAGCUCCACAGUGCCGAGGAGGUGGAGAAAGAGAGCCACCUGCUGGAGGAGCUGGAGAAACUGAGCGUGACAGGGCAGCGGGGCUCCAGGGAGAGACCCCAGACCUCCAGGUCCUUCACGCCUCUGCUGGACAUACCGGUGGACGGAUACAACACAGAGUCCAGAGACCUCAGACCUCCCGCUGCCAGUCCGAUGCUCCCCAACUGGCUGCUGGCUCGCAGCAGCGACUCCCGGCCUCCUCUUAGGACAGAUAUCGGAACGAUUCGCUCCGUCCACUUCGACGAGGUUUCACUGCACUCCACUUCAGAUACGAACUCAGAAAGGGGACGCCCCCAGUUCAGAAACGGUCACUCUCAAGGCAAAAAAGAGAAAAGCAGCGACAGGAGUAAAGACUCUGUGUUUACGCUGCAGAGCGCCGCUCGCAGGAGUCGGCCCUUGUUGUCGCAGGUGUUUGGCUCAAGCUCUGGUAAGCAGGUGGGAAGUGAACAGAUGAACGGCCAUCAGACCGCUUCUGAGAGCAACGGCACCGAGCCUGAACCGGAGUACGAGCUCCAAACCGUCAGCAUCUCCAAGACCAAGCAGUCUCUGGGCAUCAGUAUUUCUGGCGGGAUGGAGUCGAAGGUUCAGCCGGUGGUGAAGAUCGAGAAGAUCUUUCCUGGAGGAGCUGCCUCCACCUGUGAAGUACUCAAG